AUGGAGGCUCCAGCUGGUUUCUUGGUUGUUUCUCUUCUGCUCUCUUGCUUUGUGGCUACUAGCUAUGGUGUAUACUUCUCGUCCCUUAACCAGACUCUUAUAGUGACUGCAACAUUCACCCAAGGCAAAGUCCUCAAGGCUGGGGAAGAUCAAAUCACAGUGUCAUGGAGAUUCAACCAGACCUACCGAGCUGGGACAGAUUCGGACUACAAGACCGUAAAAGUCAAACUUUGCUAUGCACCCAUUAGUCAAAAGGACCGAUCUUGGAGGAAAACAGAAGACCGUUUGAAGAAAGACAAGACCUGCCCACACAAGAUUGUGGCUCGCCCAUACACCGCUUCAAACAACACAUUUACAUGGACUGUCGAGAAAGAUAUACCUUCUGGAGUAUAUUUUGUGAGGGCCUAUGCGCUUAAUGCUCAUGAACAAGAGGUGGCGUACGCCCAGACCACAAAUGUUCAGAAAGAUAAAAACUUGUUCCAGAUCCAAGCAAUCACAGGUCGCCACGUGUCACUUGAUAUUGCGUCGGUCUGCUUUUCUGCUUUCUCCAUAGUCUCAUUGGCUGGUUUCUUUUACAUGGAGAAGAGGAAAGGAAAGUCAUCUCAAUAG